GACAUAUUCCACCAUGUAGUCCCAUCUCCCCCCAAACAUCUCCCCAACCAUCCUCGAAUCCCAUUCUAUCCCCUCCAUACCACCACCAUGAGCAAAUUCGGCGUCAUCGUCACCGGCCCCGCCGGCGCCGGCAAAACCACCUUCUGCACCGCCCUCAUCCAACACCUCCGCACCGUCCGCCGCUCCUGCUACUACGUGAACCUCGACCCGGCAGCCGACGACUUCGCCUACGAGCCAGACAUCGACAUCAAAGACCUGAUCAGCCUCGAGGACGUGAUGGAGGAGCUGUCCCUAGGGCCCAACGGCGGGCUGAUCUACUGCUUCGAGCAUCUCCUCGAGAACAUGGACUUCCUCACCGACCCACUCGACCCUGUCACCGACGAGUACCUGAUCAUCUUCGACAUGCCGGGCCAGAUCGAGCUGUACACCCACGUGCCGAUCCUCCCAGCCCUGGUGAAACAGUUGAUGCACGGGUCGCUGAACAUCCGGAUGUGCGCGACCUACCUCCUCGAAGCGACGUUCGUGGUGGACCGCCCCAAGUUCUUCGCCGGCACGCUGAGCGCCAUGAGCGCCAUGAUGAUGCUGGAGAUGCCGCAUUUGAACAUCCUGACGAAGAUGGAUCUGAUCAAGGGGAAGGUGCCGCGGCGGGAGUUGAAGCGGUUCCUGGAUCCCGACGUCGGGUUGCUGGACGAUGAUCCGGAUCGUGCGCUGCCGGAGGAGGCGAAGGCGGCAGGGUUGGAUCCCACGGAGACGACGAACGUGAUGAGCGGGGCAUCGUAUCAUAAGUUGAAUAAGGCGGUGGGGCGGUUAAUUGAUGAUUUCAGUAUGGUGUCGUUCCUGCAGUUGGACGCGCAGGACGAGGAGAGUGUGGGGGCGGUGCUCAGCUAUAUCGACGAGUCGAUACAGUACCAUGAAGCACAGGAACCGAAGGAGCCGGUAGAGGAGCCUCUGGAUGAUAUGGAGGGGUAUUGACGGAUCAACAACUUGGAAGGCGGCUCGUUGGCUGCUCCGCAUAUGCAGGCGUUCUCAUGGAUGAUUGAUGGAUUGGCAUAGCAUCGGAGUUUUUUGGGUUUCGGAGGAAGAUCAUCUUGAGAUAUUGCUGGCUGAGGGUUGGCAUUGUGGUUUUCGAAAAGAAAAGCACACGAUCA